AUGGCAAACGAAACUACCAGACGUCGCUCUUUGCUGGAGCUCCCUGCGGAGAUCCUGCAGCAUAGCUUGGGCUUCCUCGACGAGGAAGAGCUGCGCCGCAUCGUGCGAGAUGUAGAAGACCUCGCCUCGCACGCCAAAGAGGUAAUCAAACUUCGCUUCAUAAAGGAAAAUACUUACACCCUUCCAGACGAAGCCGCUGUUCUCAAGCGCUACGGUGGCAGACUCCCCGACAACGUGCUGCCCACUAACCACCUCCGCCAUCCCUGCGAGGUCCCCUUCAUUCGCGCCCCCGACAGCAUUGCCGGCAUCAUCAGGACCAACAACCUAGAAAUCCUGAAGGUGCUGGUCGAGGCUGGUCUGGACUUAAUGUCCUUUAGCUUGAAUGGUUGGCGUCUGCUGGGUCUGGCUCUCGCAUGGGGCAGCAACGCCAUUGCAGAGUACCUCAUUGCCCGGAUAAAGCCCGAGGACCUGUUAUAUGGUGUCUGUCGCGUGGGACGACGGAACGAAGCGCCCAACUUCCUCACCUUGGCCGCGUACCACAGCGCCGACAUGUUCAGCAGGGUGUGGCAGCGUGUCCGCCAUCUGCCGAACUGGCAGGCCCAAGUCACCGAGGUGGCUCAGUACCAGCUGUGCAGACACGCAGAUGCGCUUCUAGCCUGGGACCUCGCCGAGGACGGGGUCGACAUUGCAGUUUGUAUCCUGCCCUUCCUGGGGAGAAAUGCCUGGCAUGCGGCUGCGGAGUCCAAUGACAAUAUGGACUUCUUCGAGUACCUGUACGGCCGUAUCCCCGAGGCGAUCAAUAACGGCAAUGCGGAGAAUGGACGCACGCCGCUUAUGAUCGCUGCCGCGGAGCAGUGGCAUGAUCGGACCAAUGCCAUCAGGUGGAUUCUCCGCCAUGGGGCUGAUCCGAGGAUGGAGGUCGGUGGGAGGACCGCGGCUUGGUUUGCGAGCGCGGCUCACAAUUUUCAGUUGGCGAGUUUGCUUUCCUCUGCCGCUUCUUCUCCUUACUCUGAGUCGCUUCGGGGCUGA